AUGUCGCACCCACUGUUGCUGCUGCUGCUGGUCUGCAGCUCCCAGGCUUCUCAUUUUUAUGGGACAGUGAUGACCUACUAUCCAAAAAACACUAAUGCAGAUGGAUCUGUCACGGUGGUUAUACGCUAUAAGCUGAACUUCCAUAAUUGCGGAUUUAACAGUUGGACAUGCCUCAGUGGGAAUUGUGGAAGUGAGACCAGUGUGCAAGGCACGGUUGACGAGGAGAGUAGUAUAUGGUGUCAGACAGAGAUAAUCUCAACUCGGCGGGUUCCCAGCAAUGCUCCUUUUGGGCUAGUGUUCAAUGGCGGUAACUGGAUAAGGAACACUCACAAUAACAUUGUAAGUUGGAGAGCCGUGACUCUGGUGGAACUGAGGAACCGAUCAGAUACCGGCCAAGCCAACACAUCACCACAGACUACCAUUCUGCCUGCUGUGAGAGUUCCUUCAAACUGUCAGAGAGAUUUCAACCUUUUGGCAUUUGACCCUGAUGGAGAUGAAGUUAGAUGCAGAUAUGGAAAUGACACAAGCCCAUUAAACGAGUGUAACCCCUGCACACCACCAUCUGUUCUCAGCCUCUCAUCAUCUUGUACUCUGUCAUUCAGCCCCACCAUUAGCAGCAAUGAAGGUCCAUACGUUGUGCAGCUGGUGAUGGAGGACUUUCCCAGACAGACAAUCAACCUGACUCAAACUAGUGGAUCGCAGGAGGUGAAAACCACCUUUGAUGCUAUCAGCAAAAUACCUGUCCAGUUUGCAUUAAGGGGUAAGAUAUGUUUUGAUAGCCUGAAUUUAUGGCUGAUCUUCACUGAGUAA